GGGCGGGGCUGAGGGUCCGGGAGCGAGCGGGUUCAGACCGCUCUGCUCUGGUUUUCAAGCACUCCCGCCCUAAGCCUGCGAACCCUGAGCGCCCGGAGUCGGGGAUCCGUGGAGGAGACGAGAUUGGGUUGUGACACCCCAGACCCCAGGGAAGCAGAGGACAAGCCCGUAGCCUGGGGCUCUGCAGGCCGAAUAGGAGUUUGCCAAUGGCUGUAGUUUGCCGAGGCUUCGCGACGGCUAGGUCCCGGGUUCCCAGGCCCUGCGGAGAAACGGGAGGAGCGGGAUCAGGUGGCGGGCAUGGAGGAGCUGACCGUCUGGGAGCAGCGCACCGCCACGCUGUGCAAGGACCCGCGCCGCGGCUUCGGCAUCGCCGUUUCUGGAGGCCGCAACCGCGCCGGCGGAUCUGUGCUCGUGUCGGACGUGAUUCCCGGAGGCCCCGCCGAGGGCAGGCUCCAGACCGGGGACCACAUCGUCAUGGUGAACGGGGUCUCCGUGGAGAACGUCACCUCUGCCUUCGCCAUCCAGAUUCUGAAGACCUGCGCCAAGACGGCCAACAUCACGGUAAAGCGCCCCCGCAGGGUGCAGCUGCCGGCCAAGGCCAGUGCGUCGCCAGACCGCCAGCUCUCAGACCGGGAGGAAGCUGACCAUGGCCGUGGCUACGAGGGCGACUCCUCCAGUGGCUCGGGCCGAUCUUGGGGCAAGCGUUCUCGAAGGACCAGGGCAGGACGCCGCAGCCGCAUGGGCAGCCACGGGCGCUGGGGCUCAGGUGGCGGAUCUGAGCCCAACGGACUGGACCUGGUGUCCGGCUACAAGCGCCUGCCGAAGCAAGACGUGCUCCUGAGGCCGCACAAGUCCGUGCUGGUGAAGCGGAGGAACAGCGAAGAGUUUGGAGUGAAGCUGGGCAGUCAGAUCUUCAUAAAACAUAUCACAGACUCUGGUCUCGCCGCCCGGAACCGCGGGCUGCAGGAAGGAGACCUUAUCUUGCAGAUCAACGGGGUGUCCAGUGCGAAUAUGUCCCUGAGCGACACCCGGCGGCUCAUUGAGAAGUCGGAGGGGGAGCUGACGCUGCUGGUGCUGAGGGACAGCAGCCAGUUCCUGGUGAACAUCCCUCCCGCAGUGAGCGACAGCGACAGCUCCCCUAUGGACGACAUCUCAGACCUGACCUCGGAGCUGUCCCAGGCGCCCCCGCCCCACGUCCCUCCACCCCCUCUGCGGGACCAACAGAGCCCUGAGGACAGCCCGGCCGACUCCCCGGCGGAGAGCCCGCGGCGCCGGAGGAGGGAGCAGUCAGGGGCCUCAAGGGCCGUUGCUGAGCCAGACAGUCCUGGAGAAAGCUGCUGUGACAUUUACAGGGUCCCCAGCCGGCAGAGCCUGGAGGACCGUGGCUACAGCCCCGACACCCGCGUUGUGCGCUUCCCCAAGGGUGCUAGCAUCGGCCUGCGCCUGGCCGGUGGCAACGACGUGGGCAUCUUUGUGUCCGGGGUGCAGGCGGGCAGCCCAGCCGACGGGCAGGGCAUCCAGGAAGGGGACGAGAUCUUGCAGGUGAAUGGCAUGCCGUUCCGGAACUUGACCCGGGAAGAGGCUGUGCAGUUUCUGUUGGAGCUGCCACCGGGGGAGGACAUGGAGCUGGUGGCUCAGAGCAAGCAGGACAUCUUCAGGAAGAUGGUCCAGUCCCGCGUGGGUGACUCCUUCUACAUCCGCACACACUUCGAGCUGGAACCGAGCCCGCCUUAUGGGCUGGGCUUCACCCGGGGCGAUGUCUUCCACGUGGUGGACACGUUGUACCCGGGCUCGGGGCUGGGCCACGGUGGCCGUGGGGGCCUCUGGCUGGCAGCCCGCAUGGGCAGAGACCUCCAAGAGCAAGAGCGCGGUGUGAUCCCCAAUCAGAGCAGGGCGGAGCAGCUGGCCAGCUUGGAGGCUGCACAGCGGGCUGCGGGCGUGGGUCCUGGUGCCUCCUCGGCCUCCAAUCCACGGGCCGAGUUCUGGCGACUCAGGGGCCUCCGCCGAGGGGCCAAGAAGACACAACGGAGCCGCGAGGACCUGUCUGCACUGACCAGGCAGGGGCACUACCCGCCCUAUGAACGUGUGGUGCUUCGAGAAGCUCCCUGGGCUUCAGGUUUGAGCACCAGGACUCCGGAGCCUGACCGUUCCACUCUCUGCACUUCCCAGCCAGCUUCAAGCGCCCCCGUGGUGAUCCUGGGGCCGGUGGCCGACAUUGCCAUGAAGAGGCUGACAGCAGAGAUGCCGGACCAGUUCGAAAUUGCGGAAAGCGUGUCCCGGGCCGACAACCCAUCCAAGAUCAUCAAGCUGGACACUGUGCGGGUGAUCGCGGAGAGGGACAGGCACGCGCUGCUGGACGUCACCCCGUCGGCCAUCGAGCGCCUCAACUACGUGCAGUACUACCCCAUCGUGGUCUUCUGCGCCCCCGAGAGCCGCCCCGCGCUCAAGGCCCUGCGCGAGUGGCUGGCGCCCGCCUCGCGCCGCAGCAGCCGCCGCCUGUACGCGCAGGCGCAGCGGCUGCAGAAGCACAGCGGCCACCUCUUCACAGCCACUGUGCCCCUGCGCGGAACCGGUGACUCCUGGUACCAGGAGGUGAAGGCCGUGGUGCAGCAGCAGCAGGCGCGGCCCAUCUGGACGGCGGAGGACCAGCUGGACGGCUCAUCCGAGGACCUCGAGCUGCCGGGCCGCAGCCUGGACGCCAGCUCCGGGGACCUGAGCUGCGACAGCCGGGCCAGCAGCGACGGUGAGGACACGGACGGCGUCUACACCGACGGCGUCUACACGGACGGCGAGGGCAGCGGGCCCCAGCACGCGGGCGAGCAGCCCCGACGCCCAGCUCUGGCCCGUUCCUCGGAGCCCGCGAGGGACGGGAUCGCCGCCGAGUGGGACUCGCUGGUGCGCACGGCCCCGAGGGGUGGGGACGGGGGACCCCGCCCUCUGCGCAUGUCAGCGGGGUCACCGCCCUUCCCUUCCCCGCAGCCCGACAGCCGCCGCCCCCAGGGCCAGUGGCGCCAGGACAGCGUGCGGACCUACGAGCGCGAAGCCCUGAGGAAGAAGUUCACGAGAGCCCGGGACGCCGAGUCCUCCGACGACGACGGCUAUGACUGGGGCCCAGCCACCGACCUGUGACCGAGGGGUCACAGGGAGAGAUCACAGCCACAGAGAGAGGUCACAGGGAGAGGUCGCCGCCCGCCCUCCCUGCAGCCUCGCUUACCCAGGAGGACUCGGGGCCUUUGACCAUUUAAUAAACCUUUAAUUUCUUUAA